UGUUGUAGUUUUGGUUUUGUCAGGAGGAAAAAGACUUACAUACGAUGAGCGACAAAGACGAUCAGCGCAAAGUAGUCUGCUUUUUGCAGCCUAAUUUUACCGAUCUUCUUAGAGAUAAAGAAGCUGUUAAAAAGCGGUUUUCCGUGACAGUAUUUGACGAUUGUGACACAAUCCAUGUCCGCGUGGAAAGUAACAAUAAAGAUGAACCAGAAAAGCGAGUCGCCUUCAAGAUCUUUCGAGAAUUACCUUCGUGUGAAGAGGUUCAGAAAAUUGCUUCUGAUCUAGUUUCCACUCUUCCUGCGCUCGAAGAACCACAGAUUGCAAUCCUGGUAUCUGAAGAUGACCAUGUCAGAGCUUGUGUGAGACCAAAGUCAACUGAUCCUUUGGAGCAGGCGGCUGUUUUGCGGCAACCGCGGAAAUCGCAACUCUAUUCACGAAGCCGUGGCAUAUUAGAGUCGAAAUUAUUGGAGGAACGAAAAGUUGCAGUGGUUGGUCUUGGAAGUGGUGGCUCCCACGUGGCAAUAGAACUUGCUAAAGCUGGAGUUGGAAAGUUUGUCCUCGUCGAUUAUGAUCGAAUUGAGCUGCAUAACAUCAUUCGCCAUGUUUGCGGCUUGAGCGAUCUUGGACGUCUGAAGACCAAUGUCAUGCGAGACCAUAUCUUGGACAAGAAUCCAUUUGCAGAGGUAGAAAUACACAACACCAACAUCAACAGCCUAGAAGAAGCCAGAGAAAUUCUGAAAGGAUGCGAUGUUAUUAUCGCCGCGACUGACAACAUAAGAAGCAGGCUCAACAUCAAUACGCUAUCAAUUGAGCUUGGUAUCACGACUCUCUACGGAAAAUGUGCUGUCAGAGCUGCUGGAGGAGAAGUGUUGAGAGUGAGACCAAAGGCUGGCCCGUGCUUCUCGUGCAUCUAUGCUGAUGCCGCGAUGGAAGCCUCCGCAGAGGAGAUGUCCUCAUUCCGUCAAGCCCGCGAAGCCAAUCCUCCUUACAUUGGAGACGACGAAGUGAAAGCCACGAUUCAAGUUGGGCUGUCUUCUGACAUCAUUCCAGUCGCUAACAUGCUGGUGAAGCUGGCCUUAGUGGAACUGUGCCGGGGUAAGGAUAGUGCACUGGCCACACUGGAGAAGGAUCUAGAGGCUCCCUAUUACAUGUGGGCAAACCGCAGAGAGCAGCAGUACGCUGGAUACCCACCCGAAGGCUUUCACCGGUUUGAUCAGCCUGGAAUUCUGAGAUGGUAUCCCAUGACGAGCGAGAGAAAACCCGAUUGCAAGACAUGCCAAGAUAUGGGAGCUAGUGCAGAAAAUGUCGACUUUUUCUCGUCUUCAGACAGAUAAAUGACUUAUAUAUUAGAUCUAUAAGAACAAUUUGUUGCAAUGAAAGACUAUGUUCACUGUUUGCCAUAGGUUUGGUUUUUUAGUUAAUUUACCUUCUUCAAAAUUGCCAUCAAGCCUAAAUAACCUGUUAUAAUUCGUCCGCCAAAACGGAAUAUAUCACUGGUUAGUCUUAGAGCUAUUGAUGGUCUCUGCACAAUAGGGAAACUUUUACUUUAGGAUAGAAACUAGAUUGCUUCUAAAUCAUUGUUCGCU